AUGGCAAGUCGCGCGGCUAUGCUUUUGGGACAGGUUGUCCCGUGUGUUAAAUUAAACGCAUCCAAGAUACGCGUGCGGCGAAUGGAACUUGAUACUAACCUGAACAUGUACUUUAAAAAGGACGAAUUUUACUUUGCGCACGAUCCAGACAAGCGUUGCAAAACUGGUGACAUCGUGUUGAUAAAGGAGUUGCCUGAUAAGCUUACCAGGCUCAUUUCGCAUUCGAUCGAGGAAAUUGUUUACCCGUUGGGAGAUAUUACUGAUCCCAUCACAGGCAAGAAAGUGGUCGUGGGCAAGUAUCGCGAGGAUAUUGAAGAAGCCAAUCGACUGUUUGGCAAAUCAAAGGAUGCAUUUGACUAUUCUAAAGCACCUCCACGAGGUCGGUUGGAGGGUACACGCGAUUUUACGCAUGGUGAAACAUACAUCAAGUACCACGAGGAUGGCAAAGAACAACCGUUUGCAGUGUGA